AAGAGCGAGAAAGAAAAAAAACAGUCAUUCUAGGAGAUCAUAUUGUUGUCCAUCCCGCCUUCUCCUCUUCUUCCUCCUCAUAUUUGUAGCUUUUACUCGGGUCCUGCUUGCCCCCCCCCCCACACACACACACACGCACAUACACAGAAGAGAAGAACACUGGAGAGCAGCUGAGUGUUAUCCGUGGGUGGUUUAUCUCUUUGUUGAACUGCUGGAUAAAUAAAAGUGGUCUUUAUCAACAGUUGCCAUGGAAACUACUUCUCUCUUCCUCUCUUCGCUUCUCGUGUGUGUCGCUGCUGUCGCAGACGUCGAUGUUCAGGAUGAACCUGAGAAGGAGGAAAACCCUUUUGUCUAUGACUACGAGAGCCUGAGGAUUUGUGGACUGGCUUUAGCUGUGGUGCUGUUCACGCUGGGAAUUCUGCUUAUUCUCAGUCGACGGUGCCGCUGCAGUAUCAGCCAGAAACCCAGGGCCCCCGGGGAUGAGGAGGCACAGGAGGAAAAUCUCAUUGUCUCCAAAGCUGCAGCAGCUGCCAAAGAGACUCCGGCGGAAAACUGAGGCAGCUCCUCUGCCGUCAGCUCGCACUGCCUUCUGAUGUUAUUUGACAUGAAUCCACUGCAUCAUAGCUAUAACUGUUAGUGGUGACACAACAAGGUAAGGGUAUAAUAAAAUGUGUACAGAAAUCAUAUAUACCCUUAAGACAAAUCUUUAGCCCGUUGUGCUUUGUCGUGACUGUCCUCAGUGCUCUCGUCUCUUCUUGUGCUUUCAUGUAGAUGUCUCUCACUUUGAUUAUACUGUCAAAUUGUCUAUACUGUCUCAGCUACUGUAAUCGCACCUUGGACACAAGAUGGUCUUUAAGCUAGAAAGUGUGUCUGCGUGGGGUGGUCCUGUUUAUUUUUUUACUUCCAGUUACUGCUUCUUAGAGUUUAGCCUUUUCGGUAGCACUUUACAAUCACAAACGUGCUUAAGGAUGGUUUAUAAAGGAGUUAUAAACAUGUUAUUAAGCCUUAAUAAACUACCAGAUGACAUUGAACCACCAUGCUUGUUGUGCAGCAAGCUCUACGAGUAUGGUAAACAGUAAAUUUUACCAUCAAUGCUGACCAAUACUAUACAUGUCUCUGACUUAUUUUAUUAAAGAAGAUGUGAAAGCCCGUGCUAACCCUAUAGGUAGAGCUCCUGCUGAUUGGUUGAUACACCACUUGGCCCCAAGUGGACUGUAACAUCACUAAAACCUAACAGAAACCAAUGCUGCCAAUGCUGACAAAGCCGAAACAUGCUGUCCCCUGUUGGUGGCUCUCCAUCUGCUGGAGCUGCUUGGUCAUAACACCACUAUGCCUUAAUAGAAUUGGCAUGUCAAGGUAAAACUGCUAAUCAAUUAUUGUAUCUGCA